AUCUUUCCAUAAAUGUUCCACUCAUUAGUUAGAAUACAAUGCACAAACACCAUCACCAUGUUGGCUCAAUCUCUAUGUUAGAUUAAUGUUUUAAUUUAAGAGUUGGGUUAAUUGAACUGAGAAUCCAAAAUGGAACAGUGAACUUUGUUGUAGCAAUGAAGUGCGUUGUUCCCUCUACUGUGUUGUUUCAUUUGAUCUUGUUCAUCUUCCCCCUAGUACUCUCUGUUCACUUACUUUCAGCUUUAUCUCCAACUGGGUCCUCCAAACAUCCCAUAAAGUUUAUCCUAGGGGAAGACAAUUUGGGUCCAUGGAAGAAUGAAGUCACACAAGUAGCUCAAGCAGCACGUCCUAGAACUAAGGGUACUCUUGUCCUAGCAGCAAACAGAACCAAUAGACCUGACAUUCUACAGGGAUUUCGACGUUACCAUGGUGGUUGGGACAUUGCAAAUCGACAUUACUGGGCCUCAGUUGGAUUCACUGGUGUGGCUGGUUUCACCCUUGCUGUCCUGUGGUUUAUCUCAUUUGGCUUGGCACUUGUGAUUCAUCUAUGCUGUGGAUGGGGAAUUAACAUCAAGGAUAAAGGUUCAAAUCGUUUGCAAAGAAUUUGGCUUGUGUUGCUGUUGUUAUUCACCUGUGUUGUAACGACUGGAUGCAUCGUCCUUUCUUUCGGGCAGGAUAAAUUCCAUGGUGAGGCAGUGGAUACCCUCCAUUAUGUUGUCAAUCAGUCAGACUACACAGUGCAGACUCUAAGAAAUGUGACAGAGUAUCUUGCGCUUACCAAAACUAUCGUGGUGGCAGAGAUGUUUCUUCCAUCUAAUAUCAUGGAUGAUAUUGACAAAUUGAAUGCAGAUCUAGAUUCUGCAGCAGAUACACUUUCCAAGCAGACAAAUGAAAAUUCAUUUAAAAUACGAAAAGUAUUCAAUGCUGCGCGUCUAGCUUUGAUUAUGAUGGCAGCAGUGAUGAUUCUACUGGCUGUAAUCGGGUUAAUCCUGUCUAUCCUUGGAUAUCAACACGCAAUCCUCAUAUUUGUUAUCACUGGAUGGCUAUUGGUUGCAACCACAUUCAUUUUUUGUGGAGUUUUCACAAUCCUUAAUAAUGCAAUUUGUGACACCUGCAUGGCCAUGGGAGAAUGGGUGGAGAAUCCGCAUGCUGAAUCUGCUCUUAGCCAUAUUCUUCCAUGUGUUGAUCAGAGAACCACAAACAAGACACUUUUUCAGAGUAAACAAGUUGUUACCAAUAUUGUUAGUAUUGUCAAUCGGUUCAUCUAUGACACUGCAGAUGCAAGUCCAUCACAAGGUAGUAUGAAUUAUUACAAUCAAUCUGGACCUGCAAUGCCACCUUUGUGCUAUCCCUUUGACUCUCAGUUUCGAGAACACCAGUGUACACCUCAAGAAGUGUCCUUGGCCAAUGCUUCACUGGUUUGGAAGAGGUAUGAAUGCAAGACAUCUGAAUAUGGUGUUUGCACCACUGUUGGAAGGGUGACCCCAGAGAUUUACUUGGAGUUAGUACAAGUAGUUAACGAAAGUUAUGCAUUGGAACAUUAUACUCCACUUUUACUUAGCCUUCAGAAUUGCAAUUUUGUGAGGCAUGCAUUCAAAGAAAUUACUUCACGUUACUGUCUUCCAUUGAACCAUUAUCUUAAGGUUAUCAAUGUAGGAUUGGGCCUAAUUUCAAUUGGUGUCUUGCUUUGUCUCGUUCUCUGGAUACUCUAUGCAAACCGCCCCCAAAGGGAGGAAGCGUUUGUUAGGCUCUACAUAGCUAAAAAACUGAAGAACAAAUUUAGCAAGAACCCCAACAGAAAUUCAUCUUUGUCAAUAGCAAUGAGUGAAGUAUAGUUGUACAAUGGAAAAUUAACUGAAUAGAAAGAAAGAAAAAAAAAUCAAUAGUAGUGUUUCACUGGACCCCAUAACAGAGAAAAAAACCAAGGUGAAGCGAAGCUACAUCUUGAUCGAGUUAGAAGACAAUAUAUACUAGUGAAUAGUUGAUGCAAAACCAUUCACAAAAGGAAGAAAUCAAUUUGUGUUCAUUGAGUAAAUAGUUGAUUUACACUUUCAUCUA